AGGAAGUUCAACCUAACCCUAAAUCUAAAGAGAUUUAAGUUGGCAGCAUUUUACUUAGGUCGUAGGUUUAACUCUUCCGACAAACGCUUUUUCCAAGUGAAUAAAAAAGAAGCCAAAUUGACCCAUUUUAGUAGUGUUUUGAAAAACAUAAUUUUCAAAUUAGACUAAAAACAUAUUCCAGUUCCACUACAAAGUGAAUGGCCUGUUUUUAUUGUUCAAAAAGAAAAGUUAAUGGUUUGUUUAGAUAGAUAGGCAUAGCACAAUUAAUUAUACACAAAGUAAGAAUUCCACUUUUCUAGAUAUCCUAUCAGUGCCAGCUGGCUAUCUUCUUCUCUAUUUAUCUAAAACCCCACUCACUCUGCUCACUCUUCUUUUAAUUGUUGCCACUGUGUUUCUUCUUUCUUGUGUUUUCAUGUGGCAAAGUUUUAAUCUUUGAAUUUAUAUGGCAUAAAGAGGGAAGAAAAAAAGAGAUUAAAAAUGGCAAAUUAUUCUUCUUUGAAUGAUCAAUUAUCGAAAAAAACUUCAAUAUUUGGUUUACGUUUAUGGGUGGUGGUCGGAAUAUGUGUAGGAGCAGCUAUUGUUCUUGUUCUUUUUGUUAUCUCUCUUUGGUUCACUUCAAGACGCAGCAGGACUAACACCAAAAACAAAACGCCUCCCUCUACAAACUUCAAGUCUUAUCUCAACAACCCAACAAUCCCAAAUGUCUCCAAAGAAAUUCAAGAAAUCAUAAUUGACCCCAAAACACUCACUCCUGACCCAGUUCCUGAGUCAGAGCAUGUUCUUCUUGAAGAUGGGAGCAGUCCUGUUGCUGGGAGGAACAGAAUUCAUAUUGAAAUUGGGAAGGACCACAGAAUUUCUUACCCCAACAGAGCUGAUGGGUCGGGUCAUGGAAGUGGGGAGACCCGGUCCGGCCCUCGGUCUGGUGAUCAGGGUGGUGGUGCUAUUACUGUGCCAGAAGUUUCGCAUUUGGGGUGGGGUCACUGGUAUACUCUCAGGGAGCUUGAAGUGUCUACUAAUGGUUUUGCUGAUGAGAAUGUGAUUGGUGAAGGUGGUUAUGGGAUUGUUUACCGUGGUGUUUUGAAUGAUAAUUCUAGUGUUGCUGUCAAAAAUUUGCUUAACAACAGGGGACAAGCUGAGAAGGAGUUUAAGGUAGAAGUAGAAGCCAUUGGACGUGUCCGGCACAAGAAUUUGGUCAGGCUGCUUGGUUAUUGUGCUGAAGGAGCUCAUAGGAUGCUUGUUUAUGAGUAUGUUGACAAUGGAAACUUAGAGCAGUGGCUACAUGGAGAUGUCGGGCCUUGCAGUCCUCUUACAUGGGAGAUUCGCAUGAAUGCUAUACUUGGAACAGCAAAAGGGUUGAUGUACCUGCAUGAAGCGCUUGAACCAAAGGUUGUUCAUCGAGAUAUCAAAUCUAGCAAUAUUUUACUGGACAGGCAGUGGAAUGCUAAAGUUUCUGAUUUUGGUCUUGCAAAACUCUUGGGCUCGGAUCAUAGUUAUGUUACUACUCGUGUGAUGGGGACAUUCGGAUAUGUGGCUCCCGAAUAUGCAAGUACCGGCAUGCUGAAUGAAAGAAGUGAUGUAUAUAGCUUUGGGAUUCUUCUUAUGGAAAUCAUUUCUGGAAGAAACCCAGUUGAUUAUAGCCGUCCUGCAGGAGAGGUGAACCUAGUUGAGUGGCUUAAGACCAUGGUUACCAAUAGGAAUGCAGAGGGAGUUUUGGAUCCUAGGUUGCCAGAGAAGCCUUCUUCAAGAGCGCUUAAGCGUGCCCUUUUAGUAGCAUUACGGUGUGUUGACCCAAAUGCACAGAAAAGGCCAAAGAUGGGACACGUGAUACAUAUGCUUGAAGCUGAUGAGUUCCCAUUCCGAGAUGAUCGCAGAACUGGAAGGGAACAUGGGCGAACUCACGGUGAUGGAUUAAAAACCGAAAAGCGUGUAAAUGAAUCUGGUGACAGUAGCGGUUAUGAAAGUGGUGCUCAAACCAAUAGAACAUUGUGGAGAAAGCAGGAAGCUGAAGAACAGUAAGUUGCCUUGCCAAAACUCAUGUACAAGAUGAAUGGAUUGACCAUGUUUUGUUCAUAUUCCUCUUACUCAGAGCUGGUGUAUACACAUAUCAUCCAUUUUACCUCUAUAAGCGAUCCAUAUUGUAUUUAACAGUAAAUUUAGAUUAAAUAGCACCUCCUUCCAUUGAGAUAUGCAAUUGAUGUUUGAAAUAUUGUUGGUUUUCGGAUGGAUUAUUGAUGUGUAUGAAAUCUAAGUUUUGUUGUAGAUGCUUGACUGUGUAAUUCAUCUUGCAAUCAGAAUAUUUGGUUUAAUAAUAGAUUCUUACUUCUAUCA